UUAGCCUCCAAGUUUGUUCCGAUGGUGGCAAUGGCAGAUGCAGAACCCCCCUCAGACCUCGCCUGGUUUUUCCUGUCGUGGGUGGCGACUUUCUUCAUGGUGUUCGGCGGGGCACUGCCCUACAUCCCGCAAUACCGCGAGAUCCAAAGAAGUGGCAACACCGAGGGCUUCUCCACACACGUGUGCCUAGUGCUGCUGGUCGCUAAUAUCCUUCGCCUCUUCUUCUGGUUUGGAAGACAUUUUGAAGUGACCCUCGUAUGGCAAAGCAUUGUCUUGAUAUUCACCAUGCUGGCCUUGCUACACUUAUGCUGUGAGCUACAGCAGUCCUCCACUUUGAGUACCAGCAGACAUCUUUUCACAGAUUUUGAUCCCAGAUAUUUUUGGGCCUGGAGCCGUUUCCUCGAUUACAUCCAGUUUUGUUUAUCCUUCACCAUGGUGUGCCUCUUGGUGACGUACCUCCUGAUUGACUCCCAACUCUUUGUGGAAACUCUCGGUUUCACGGCUGUCCUCAUUGAAGCCAUGUUGGGAGUGCCUCAGCUUUGCCGCAACUUCAAGAACAAGUCCACAGCAGGCAUGAGUGUUAAGAUGGUGCUGAUGUGGACCCUGGGUGACAUCUUUAAAACUGCCUACUUCAUUAUUAAUGCAACACCUGUACAAUUCUGGGUUUGUGGGGCCCUUCAGAUUUGUAUUGACAUCGCAAUAUUCUUUCAGGUCUUCACGUACGGGAAAGAAGCACACGAAAAAUACAGCUAACAAAACUGCAGAGUGAAUGAAUGGCAGCCUGAGACACAUGAUUUUGUGACCAGGUUAGGCACCAGGGCCGUGCCAAGAAGAUCGAUCUCCUUUCUUACUCAUUGAAGGACAUUCAAUUCUUUAACCACUAAACUAAAGUGCCUUAGCCAUAUAACUCAUUUUGUGUUGAAACUUCUUUCCUACUGAUGGCUUUGAAGAUCUCCAGGUCAUGCUCCACUAGGCAGGGUGAAGAGUUAACUUUAAUUAACUCAUCAUUUUAUAUUUAGAAAGAGGACGUACAGAGCAGCAGCAACAGCAAUGAGAAAACAAACCGAACCUUGUCAAUGUGCAUUUAAUAAGGGCUGACCAGAUAAUGAUUCCUCACUCCUAUGAACAGUUCUAGAAGUCUCCUCAUGCCUUAAUGUAACCCACACUCUGUCAAAGUGUUCCAUUUUGAUGCUGCAACAAGUUUGCCAUCAGUGUGUUCCCUGUCACAUCU